AUGUCCGCCGACCCUCGCCUGCGCGGGCGACAACAACAGCCUGCACCUCCUCCACCGCCUCCGCCACCAGUAGACUCCCAACCCAUGACCAUGGACGGUGCCAACGAUACGCAUGCCAAGCAAAACAUGGUGCCCGACGACAGCUUCAAGCUCAAGUUUUGCACUGUGUGCGCGAGUAAUCAAAACAGAUCUAUGGAAGCCCACCUCCAACUUGCCUCUGCCCACCUCCCGACCAUCAGCUUCGGCACCGGCUCCCUCGUGCGCCUGCCCGGCCCUACUAUCACACAGCCUAAUGUCUACCGCUUCAAUGAUACCACAUACCGCGCUAUUCAUGACGAACUUACUGAGCAAAACGCUGCCUUGUAUACCCAUAAUGGCUUGUUGAACAUGCUUGGUCGCAACUUGAACAUCAAGGGCUACCCCGAACGCUUUCAAGAUUGGGUCCCGGGCAAGCCGCGUCUCGACCAUGCCGAAGACAAAGGCUCGCAAGGUACAGAGUCUGGUGUAGUCGAUGUGGUCAUCACCUGUGAAGAGCGCUGUUUCGAUGCCGUCCUAGAAGAUUUACACAACAAGGGUGGCAAGCUCAACCGACCUGUUCACGUCUUUAAUGUCGACAUCAAGGAUAAUCACGAGGAGGCUCUUGUUGGUGGUAAGGCGAUCCUCGACCUCGCGCUCACUCUAAAUGAAGCCGCCGCUAAAGAGCGAGACAUACAUGGUGACAGCGGUUGGCAGUCAGGCGGUGGUGCUGCUCGCUCUGGUUUCGACGAGCGCGUCCCUGAGCUCCUUGCUGCUUGGCAGGAAAGGUGGCCCAACAUGCCGGCGCUCUGGAGUCUGGCUUGGGUUUGAUUACACUCACUGGUUUCAUCAGGGCGUUUUCUCUUUUUUUUUACAAGCCUGGUACACAACGGCUUCUGAUACCCAUUUUGCAUAGCGAGGCGUUUCCGGGUUAUCGUUUCCUCUCAAUCAAUGAGUCUACCAAUCAGAUAAUGAUGAUCACGAAUACCACGAAUAUUUCUAUC